AUAAAGGAAUAAAUAAAUGUAUCAUAUUUCAUUAAUGAAGCGUGUGCAGUGAUAGAUGUGUGACGUAUCGAAUGACGAUGAUAGUGCUGACAAUGACCCGGAUGAAACAUGGACACCACCAUCUGCCAUAUCCGAAAACGAAAUAAAACAAUUAGAAGCUACCAACAACGAUUUAGUUAAUAAACUACAGAAUCUUGAAGCAAAGUACGCAGAUGAGAGACAGGCUAAAUAUGACGCAGAAAGACGGGCAGACAUUGCUGAGAAGAAACUUGAGGUUUUACAAGAUAGACUUAAAAGGGAAACUGAAGAUAACGAAAAACUUUCAGACAGGUUAAGACAACACUCAGAAGAUUCAAAUGAGAGAAUAAAAACGUUACAAACAAAACUUGAGGAAACAGAAAGUAAUCACCAGCAGCUGAUAGACAAACAUCAGUUGUAA